GCGAACUCCAAACUUACAUGGACCUGGUAACUCCAUUGAAUCCCCUCGAACUCGCAGCUCCUGUUUUCAACCACCCAGCAGCCUUCAAACAAAGCCGAAUAAAGCUGCUUCACAUUUCAGGCUCAAAGAAAAAGCAGAUAUCUGGGAUUUGGUUUUGACACAGAGAUGGCCAAAAGAUUGAGCUCGCAGCUCUUCGUCAACAGAUUAUCAUCGUUCACUAAUAAUGAACAACUCAAGAGACUGUUUUCUCCUUUUGGAGAUGUUACAGAAGCUAGAAUGGUUGUGGACCGUAUAACCCAAAGACCCAAAGGAUUCGGUUUUGUCACUUACAAGUCAGAUGUCGAGGCACAAAAAGCUUUGAAGGCCAUGAAUGGCAGGAAUCAAAAACAGGAAGAGGAUACCAAAUCUUGAUAAUGAGCUUGGAUCCCAAUAGAUAGCUUCUCCUUGGCUAAAAGAUAGUUUUUCAUAAUCAAAGGCAUCGUUCAUAUCUGUUGUAUAUGAACAGGUUUUUCAGUUCGUAUAAUUUUAAUUAGCCAUGUACAAGGUUCCUUUCAUAUUAUACCGAGAAUUUCUUACUAUAAGUUAUUUGUAUAACUUUUUCGUAAAAGAUAUUAUUCAUGAGGAUCUAGUAACACUUAGUCGUGUCAUGAGAUAUAGGAAGGUCUUACUUCUAUGAGGACUAAGAGGAGAUAUAGGGAAGACUCUGUGCAAAACUAAAUAUUGCUUUAGGGACAUUGAAGGCUAUCCUUGUCCAAAAUGAACGUUUAUUCAUGAGGGGAUUUCUUUU